CUCAGAUCCCAGGAUUCAUCGGCUAUUCAUUGUGCUUAAUGUACAUGUUUCUGCACCGUGCAUUGAGGAGAUCCCAGAGAAGAUUCCAAAACGGCUGCGGGGGAAAGGCCACCAAACAUGCCUACAGAAACACUACCGACAGGUAGCAUGGUGAAGCCGGUCAGCCCUGCCGUCACUUUCACAUCCGCCGUUCCUCUCCGCAUCCUGAACAAAGGACCCGACUAUUUUCGCAGGCAGGCGGAGCCUAAUCCAAAAAGACUGAGCGCGGUGGAAAGGCUAGAAGCCGACAAGGCAAAAUACGUCAAGAGCCAGGAGGUCAUCAACGCCAAGCAGGAGCCUGUGAAGCCAGCGGUGCUGGCAAAGCCGCCCGUCUGUCCUGCGGCCAAGAGAGCGCUCGGGAGCCCCACCUUGAAAGUCUUCAGCAACAAUGCGAAGACGGAGAGCGGCGUCCAGAGAGAAAACCUGAAGCUUGAGAUUUUGAAGAACAUCAUCAACAGCUCUGAAGGCUCCAGCUCAGGUUCAGGGUAUAAGCAUGGUCCUCGAAAUUGGCCGCCCCACAGAGCUGAUUCAACAGAGCUGAACCGACACUCAUUUGCUGAAUCUUUGAAGGUUUACCCCACGCAGGGCCGCAGCAGCCCACAGGAGAGCAGCUCUAACAUCAGCAGAAGGCUCCUAGAUCAGUCAGCAGAGACUUUCUUGCACGUCUCUCACAGCUCCUCAGACAUUAGGAAAGUAACUAGUGCAAAGCCCUUAAAAGCAAUACCCUGCAGUAGUUCAGCCCCACCCCUGCCUCCAAAGCCCAAAAUCGCUGCCAUUGCCACCCUGAAAUCCCCAGAGAUUGAGGCAGUUGAGUCUGGAUGUGGAGUUAGUAGAAGACCCUCCCUACAGCGAUCAAAAUCAGACUUAAGCGACAGAUACUUUCGUGUCGAUGCAGAUGUUGAGCGGUUCUUUAACUACUGUGGACUGGAUCCUGAAGAGCUUGAAAACCUCGGGAUGGAAAACUUUGCAAGGGCUAACUCUGAUAUUAUAUCUCUCAACUUUCGCAGUGCAAGCAUGAUUAGCUCAGACUGUGAACAGUCUCAGGACAGCAACAGUGACCUUAGAAACGAUGACAGUGCCAAUGACCGUGUGCCAUAUGGCAUUUCUGCCAUUGAAAGGAAUGCCAGAAUCAUCAAGUGGUUAUAUAGCAUCAAGCAAGCUAGAGAGUCACAGAAAGUAUCCCAUGUGUGAGAGAAAAUCCACCGUAGAAAAAGCAAGGACUGUAUCUUUGUCUGUGAAUAUUCAGUUGUGAAGGGUUGUGAAGUCUACUUGAAGUCUUGUACACUUCUCAAAUCUCUUUGUGUUGCUUGUUGUGCAAUGUUUCCAAGUUGCAUGCCUGUCAACAUGUGAGCUGACCUGGCUUCCACUUGAACAAUAACUAACUACAAAGCCUGGCUGAGCAUACACAUUAUCUGCCAAAAGUUUAAGACGAGAAUCUAAUUAGGGCUUCAGUAUAAUCAAAGUGUUUACAUGGAAAGGUUAUAUGACUUCUUUGGUAUUUAUGUAGUUCUGUGUGGAUUUUAUAUGUCACUUUUUGUCUUAAUACAGAUAUUGUCAACAGACGUUAUUAGCUUCUAAGUUGAAACAGAAUCCCUUUGGAGGGAAGAAAAGCAAAAUUGGCCAAAAUAGGAGGUUUAGGCAUAUGACGAUAGGCAAAGCAGCCUUAUCUCUUGUAGAAAGUACAUUAUUGGCAUAUGUAAAACUGUUCCUAAAAAGCAAAGAAUGUUGCAUUCUUAAAUUAUGUAUCAUUGUUAAACUGUAUAUCCCAACUUGUAGUAAGGGACUGUUCAGUAAAAGUUUCUUUUUUCUAGGUAAGUUCCCUCAAUUUUACAGCAGAAGUAGUCUAGUGAAUCUACUUGACCUCUCGUAAACUAAAUGACUCCUGUGUUUGGGUUGGUAUAAGCAUUUUAAUGGUUCUGUGUUACCCUGUUGGAAAAGCUUAAAGAAGGUUGGAGUCAACAGAUGGAAACAUUGUGGGUGAGGGAUUUUGUGGGUUUGGUUUUUCAUCGAAGAUUCCUGGUCUUAAACUUUUGACAGGAAUUAUUAGAUCCUAUAGCUGAUAUUGAAUGCCUUUCUUAGUCAAACGCAUCAUGGCAACAAACUCCAUGCUGUCUUUAAAAAUUUUUGUAGACCUAUUUGAACAGUUAAUGAAAAAAAAUGGAAACACACAGCCAUAUCAAUAUAACGCCUCCUGUUCAGAAGUAAAUACACUCAGUAGCUGAACUAUAUCUGAGAAAUUGUGAUUAUGUUGUCUUGCAUAUGUUAUAUCUAAGGCUGUGAAAAAUUGUUACAGCUCUAGGAAAGUGUAGAAACAUGACAGUACGUAGCAUUUAUUUUCUUUUACUUUUUUAAAAUUUUAAUUCUCCUUAUGAUGGUUAGUGCUGCAGGUCAACCUGUUACAAAUCUUUUGAUAAUCUGUGUCUUCCCAG